AUGACUACGGAUGCUGAAGGCGACGUUGAAAUGACUGUACCGCAACCGGUCUUCGAGGUAGUGCAGGCGCCGAGUCUCAACGCCUGGGACCAGGCGUCGCUAGUAUCGUGGAUGACCCGCCAGGGCACUCGUGCCCAGCAAAAGAUGAAGCGCUCCGUCCGUCGCAAGGUCGGCAAUGAUGCGAGUGGGAACACUCUCGAGUUGCUAGCGCUGUCCCUUGAUGAUCCAUCUGACCAAGUCCAAGCUGCCGGUGAUCACGUGAUGCUACCCCCUGCUAGCCAGGAACCCAUGCCACGAGCCAAGAAAAAGCGAGGGUCAAAAACGAUCAAGAUCUACAAGGGCGUUCGAUAUUGCAAGAACUGGUACUCGAAGAAGCACAUUGCAUAUCGCUGCAGUACUUCGAAGACUUCUGGCUGUAAGGCCACGCUCAAAGUAACCCCGGCCGCUGUUUGGUGGGUGGAGGAGGGCGACAUUUGGGAGCAAGUAUGCGAGGCGUUCUACGGUCCCGAUAGAGAAGAGCUGUUAGACGGAUUGACAGAGGAGCAAGUUAUCGGGCGUAUCUGUCGCAUUCGCCGCCGAUACUACGGUGGUGAUAUUCACGGAGUUGUGGAAGUCCCUCCCUUCUCCAAAGUGAAAGACUCGGCCAUCCCAUUCUUCCGGUUCCAUUUGACUGAGUCCAUGUACGACGAUAUCCUGCAUCUCAUCUACCGCGACACCGGCAAAAAGCUCAAUCCUGCAAUUGCCCAUACUGACGCCCGAUACUACAUCACAGAGUGGAAUGUGUUUGGUAUCGCCAAUACUAUCGUGGCGCGCACAAACAACCCCUUGGAGAGGUUUAACAGGGAGAUGAACGCCGCGUUCAAGCCCCACCCCAAGCUUCGACACUUUGUUUCUACAAUUGCCAAAAUUUCAACUGCUUACGCGCAGCGGCAAGCCAACAUCACGCGCGGUCUACGCAAGAAGAAACAGCGUCCACCACGCAUUGAGUUACCGGCUGCCCCCGACUUAGCAACAUUUGAAGUUCCGCCUGAGUCAGAAGAUGAAGGUGACUAUGAUGAGCUUGGCGACCAGUCCGACGGCUCAGUCGAAUCAGCUCGUAGUGGCGAAGCUGAUCACUCUUCGGAGGAAGAUGAGCCACCCCGAAAUGCGCAGUCGGCCGAAGACUUGCAGCAGGAAAUUGAUGAGCACGCUAACACUUACAACUUCUUCCUUGACUCGGACAGUGACCACGAUCCAGAUGAAGAAAAUGGCGUGGAGGAGUGGUCAUUCUAG